UAAGAGGCAGUAUAGGGGCCGCUCUUCCUUUCGCUCCAACCAAUCAUCCUACCCCUCUUCCUCCAAUUCCUUUCGAGCCAGGGAGCCCAGGCCCAACAGGUCGCAGUGGGGAGAUUCAAAGUUUAACAAACAGGCAAAACCUUCCUUCCCCUCCAAGGAGGGAGCGGGGUCCAAACAACCCCGCAAGAAUAAUUCACAAUGACGGCGUUCCUCCAAUAGGAGGCAGGCUGCAGGGAUUUGGCCACAUUUGGGAGACAUCCACCUCAGACAAAUGGGUCCUGGAUACCAUCCGUCAGGGCUACAGGAUAAUAUUCCGUCGCACGCCUCCCGACAAGUUUAUACCGUCUCCCAGAUCAGCCGACCCCAACAAACACCGCCUCCUACUGGAUGCCAUCGAGCGCCUACUGCACAUCAAGGCCAUCGAACCUGUCCCGAGACAAGAGAGGGGACUAGGAUGCUACUCCACCUUCUUCCUUGUUCUCAAGAAAAACGGAUCCUGGAGAGCCAUCUUGAACCUCAGAAGGGUCAACCGAUUCGUCCUAAAGAAAAAAUUCAGAAUGGAGACCCUCAAGUCCAUCUUAGACAGUCUCCAGCCGGAGGACUACCUCUCCUCGCUAGACCUACAAGAUGCCUACCUUCAUAUUUUGAUUCACCCGUCCUCAAGGAGGUUCCUCAGAUUCAGAUAUGGCAAGCGUCAUUACCAGUACAGAGCCCUCCCCUUUGGGCUAGCCUCUUCCCCCAGGGUGUUCACCAAGAUCAUGGUAGCACUGGUAGCCCUCUGGAGAACCCAGCGGUUACACGUCUACCCCUACCUCGACGACCUUCUCAUCCGGUCACCUUCCAGACUCCAGGGCACUCAGGACAUCAAUCACAUCCUCAAGUCCCUCCAGGAUCACGGCUUCCUCCUGAAUCUGGAGAAGAGCUCGUUGACCCCAGGUCAGCAGAUUCACCAUCUGGGGGCCAUAAUAGACACACAGGCGGGGACUGUACGCCUACCUCCAGACCGCAUCCAGUCCAUACAGAGCGCCAUCUUGAAGGCCCUGGAGACCGCGCGCCCCAGUCUCCAGCUCUUGGCCCACCUCCAGGGCCUCAUGAUCACAGCCAUACAGUGCCUUCCCUGGGCAAGAUUUCACUCCAGACCCCUGCAAUGGCUCCUUCUCCCUCACCAGCGGGCCAUUACCCUCAGGAGGCACAAGACGAUACACCUCUCCAGCGAAGUGAGGCAGUCGUUUCGCUGGUGGAUGUCCAAGGCAGUCCACCGAGGCCGCCAAAUUUGGAGACCCCCGAGUGUCCAGGUCACCACGGAUGCCAGCCUCCGGGGCUGGGGGGCAGUAUGCGGCACACAGCUAGCCCAGGGCAAAUGGAGCCCAGAAGAGCGGACACACAGCAUCAAUUGGCUGGAACUCCGGGCAAUUCGGCUUUCUCUUCUCGCCUUCAGUCAGACAAUCCACUAGAGGUCUGUCCUGGUCAGGACAGACAACACCACAGCCAAGGCCCAUGUCAACCGUCAAGGGGGAACCAGGUCCAGGUCCCUGAUGAGCGAGGCUCGAUCCCUUCUAACGUGGGCAGAGGCCAACCUCUUAGCUCUGGAGGCCGAGCACCUUCAAGGAUCCCUAAACUCAAAAGCCGACUGGCUGAGCAGAAUAGACAUCGACCAGGGAGAGUGGAGUCUCCACCCUCAGACCUUCCAGAUCAUCACGGACAGACUCGGCCAACCCAUACUGGACCUGUUCGCCUCCCCCGCCAAUGCCAAGACUCCCAGGUUUCUCUCAAGGUUCCGGACGGAAGGGGCCGAAGGGAUGGACGCCCUCAACUGCCACUGGCCUCCGGGCCUCCUCUACGCCUUCCCGCCGACUCCGCUGCUCACGAAGCUCCUAGCCAGGAUACGCAGGACCAACGCGCAGGUCAUCCUCGUGGCUUCAGCGUGGCCGCGGCGGCCCUGGUUCUCAGAGAUUCUCGCCAUGGCAACUCAAGGGUUCGCCCUUCCACUCAGGCCGGAUCUCCUCGCGCAAGGGCAGAUCCAUCACCCAGACCCAGCCUGGCUACGGCUUCACGCCUGGAAAUUGAACGCCGCAUGCUGAACGGAUACGGCUACUCCCCGGAAGUGGUUGACUCCAUUCUCGCUUCGAGACGCCAAUCUACAAAUAGAAUCUACGAGUACACCUUCAGGACAUUCAGGAGGUGGUGCAAGGUCAAGAACAAGGACUUCAUCAAGAUCUCUGUCCCGACACUACUCCAGUUCUUGCAGGAUGGCUUCCUCCAGGGCCUGCGGCCCAACACCGUCAAGAGACAAGUGGCAGCCAUCACCUCCAUUCUGCCCCAUGACGACGCAGCCAGGAUAUCCCGACACCCCCAUAUCCGCAGGCUGCUCAAGGGGGUCGCCAACAAGGCGCCCCCAACGAAGCAUCGAUUCCCGUCCUGGGACCUACAUAAAGUCCUCAAGGCCUUGACCAUCCCGCCUUUCGAGCCACUGAGGGAGGUACCCCUCAAGUUCCUGACCCUCAAGACACUGUUACUGACGGCACUCACGUCAGCAAGGCGCGUGUCCGAAAUUGGUGCCCUAUCCGUCCGCAAAGAAUUGUGCAUCAUCAGGCCUGACUCUAUUCUCCUCAGACCUGACCCAACCUUUAUCCCUAAAGUCAACUCGGUCUUCCACACCGCCCAGGACAUCGUCCUCCCGUCCUUCUGCCCCCGGCCCAAGGAAGACCUUGAAAAGUGCUGGCAUACUCUCGAUGUUCGCAGAGCCAUAAAAAUCUACCUGAAGAGAACAGCCACUUUCAGGAGAUCGGAGUCGCUAUUUGUAUCCUUUCGACCUAACUCCAAGGGCAAGAAGGUGUCACGCCCUACCUUAGCAAGGUGGAUCAAACAGUGUAUCGUCCAGUGCUACAAGUCACUCAAACUACAACCACCAACGGACAUCACCGCUCACUCGACGAGAAGUGCGGCUACCUCCGCGGCCCUGACCACCAACGCUCCGUUGGCUGAAAUCUGCAGAGCGGCCACUUGGAAGUCUCCGUCGACCUUCACCAGACACUAUAAACUUGACCUCUUCCAGUCAGCGGAGGCGGCCUUUGGCCGGAGGGUGUUGCAACAUGUGCUAUCAGAUCCGCCCUCCGCGCCAGUCAGCCCUCCCUAGUAUCUAGCCUGCUUUUCUAAAUCCCGAAGUCAGGAUGCUCGGCUCCUUCUCUGCUGCUAAAUGGAACGUUGGACUUACCUGAGAGACGUCCCUUUACAGCAGAGAAGGUACGAGCAUCCUCCCCACCCUGCU